AUGUAUCGUAUGUCUGAUUGUUCGUCAAUUAAUUUUAUUGGAUACCCACGAGCAUUUAAUACAUCUCUUAAGAAUUUUAAUUCAUCAUUUAAUAAAACAUUAUUUGAACAAAGACGUAAUGCUCGCACCACUAACGAAUUUAGUAAUCCUAUUUUUGAUACCGUGGCUCAUUGGAACAUGCAGCGCUUAAGUAAUGCAACGGGAUGCAUGUUUACCACGGCAUCAAAAAUAGGAUUAAUAAAUUCGUUAGUGGUGCGAACAUUACGUCUUUGUUCAAAUAAUGUUUUAUUAAAUGAUGAAUUAAAAUUCUUAAGAGAUGUAUUAAAUGCUCGUGGGUAUCCAAUAAAAUUAACCCUGAUAUUGCAACCUGGGGUCCGUUCGGACCCCAGACAAGUUCUCAUGUCUGAACGACAGCUCAGACGAGUCACAACUGAUUCCGAAGUUCACAACGAUUCCACUGAGGCAACUGACACUAGUUCGAUCAAAAGUGAAAGCAGCGACGAUACGGAGCCGCCUAGACGUCGAGCCAAACUUGAUCAGAAACCUACUGGAGAAGUAUUUCUAUCGAAAUCAGGACGACGAUGGACCACACUAGAACCUCCAAAGCGUAAAAUCUCACAAGCAAAUAUCGUCAAGCAACGCCAAGGUGUAGGACGACGUGCUACCAACAUACAAACAUUGAAAGAGGCAUUUCAACUUUUCAUUACACAAGAUAUGGUAGAGAUCAUUGUGAGAGAGACCAACAAUCGUGCUCGAAAAGUUACAGAAGAAUGGAAUGCGCGGAAUCCUGACAAACAAUAUCGAUGGAGCGACACUGACAGCGAUGAGAUUUGA